AUGAAAGCCAUCCAAACAGGCGACGCCGAAAGCUUACAAGACCUGCUAUCUGCACAUAAGGAGCUUGUUUCGGCCUAUAUUGGAUCUUCCGACGAGGCGCGAACGCUUCUACAUUUACUGACAGACUGGCCCGGUCACUUCCCCAAUAAUGCAGCCAUUGCUAAAAUUUUGAUUGAGGCUGGCUGCGAGCUCAACGCACAGUACAUUGGCAAGCUCCAUUCCGAGACGCCGCUCCACUGGACGGCCAGCUGCGAUGAUCUGGAAAUCAUGGACAUUCUUCUGGAUGCUGGAGCUGAUAUCAAUGCUGGAGGUGGUGUUAUUGCAGACACUCCACUGGCCGAUGCAAGGGCCUUUUUGCAGCCCAAGUGCGCCCAGCGGCUGGUAGAGCGAGGGGCGAUUGUGUCGCUGCAAGAUGCUGCGACGCUGGGGCUUAUGAGCAGAGUCAAAGAGAUGUAUGCUGCACCUAAGAAGCCAUCCGAGCGAGACACGAACUGUGCAUUCUGGAACGCUUGCCAUGGCAGCCAGCUCGAAACAGCACAGUUUCUUCACAGCCAAGGAGCAGAAGCCAAUUUUCUCCCGCCAUGGGGACCAGAUACACCGUUAGACGAAGCAAAGAAGCAAAAGGCCGAGGAUUUGACCAACUGGUUAGAAACACUUGGAGCGAAAGGGAAGAAUGGAUUGACUAGUUCUUGA